CGUAAGUGGAGGGCAUCUGUGCGACAGUGGCAAUAAGUACUUUGGACGUUACAAUAGCUUGACCGCGCCUGGAGGAACAAGUCUUUCCGGUUAGUGGAGGACUCGAGCUAGGCCGUGUUGAUGGGAACAAGCGUGUUGAAGGCAUAGUGGAGGAGCCUGAAGGCGAUAAGCUGCUCACUCCUGCACAGAAAGCAGCUGCUGCUGCUCAGCGAAAAACCCCAGAAACAGUCUGGUCCACUCCCGACAGGAUAGGUUCGACUAGGAGCCUAGGCGAGCAUUUAUGCCUGGCACGGGAGGACAGGAAUGGCAGGGCAUGAAUUGGCGCGGGUGGGCAUCGGAAGCAGACCUGCGACCUCCGCUGCAGCACUGGCAUUCAGCGCCCUUCAACACACUGGAGGGCUACCGCCUCGAGGUGGACGCCACGCGGAUGGGCGAGACCUGCACUGCUGAGCCCUUCGACCCCAAGACUGACUACUCCCGCAUGGAUCCCCUGUCCCAGCUCCAGAAUGCGUUCCUGGGCGGCUACGACAUCGGCCUGACGCAGGAGUUUAGCUCGCAGGCGGACAUGCUGAAUGAUCUGUUGCGGCAGCGCCAAUUCCAGAGCAGCCCCAACAUGCAUGCUGUGCCCAAGUUUGGCGCCGAAGACAGCCCUGACAUGCUGCAGCAGGGCACAGGCGCGGAGGCACCUGGAUCGGACUCACUGACACAGGAGGAGCAGGUUUCCAGCCUGACCAUGGCGGCCUUUGACGAGUGCCUGCUCAAUGUGGACCUGCCAGCACUCAAUAUCCCCAGGCCUGGCACGGUGGAUGACAUGGACGGCCAGUCAUCCCCAAUGUCAGCGCAUUUCCAGACCCUGCAGGGAUUGAAUCUGCUGCCGCCGCCAAGCGCGGCCAACAUGAACCGCAUGCUGCUGCCCUGCAGCCCCAGGAAUUCGCCAGGCACGCCGCAAGCGGCAGGCGAGGCCGGAGGCGGCAAGUCGGGUCCAGCGGCCAUCCAGGUGGCGACCGUCGGCUGCGGCGGUGCGCUGGGCAAGUGCCCGCCCGGCAUGCCCGCCCUGCCGGGGCAGCUGCUGUGCCCCGGGCCCAGCCGCUCCCAGUCGCUGCCCGUGCUGCACAACAACCUCAACAGCUCGCCCGGCACCCCCCAAGCCCGCGGGGACACGGGGGCGUUGGAGCAGGAGCAGUGCAGUGCGCUGGCGGCCAAUGCGGCGGCGCAGGCAGCGCUGUGGAGCACCAGCGGCACCUCCAAACUCACGCACCCAGACACCCUCAACCCAGGGACGGGUGGGGUGGAGGAGAUGGAGGACGUUGAGGCGAUCCACCGCGCGUAUCUGACGCCGGCGCACAAGCGCAAGGGCAAGGGCGGGCGGCAGCCGGCAGCCGACCCGCGGCUGGACCCGGGCAUCGACCCCAAACGUGCGCGCCGCAUCCUCGCCAACCGCCUCUCCGCCGCGCGCUCCAAGAUGAAGCAGAAGAGCCACGUCGAGGCGCUGAGGCGCAAGGUGGAGAUCCUGACCUUCCACAAGAGCAAUCUGGCGGCGGAGAUCGAGAAGCUGCGCGCCGCAUGCAACCGUCGCGCCAGCCACAACAGCGUCCUCAAGAUGAAGCUCGACGAGCUGAGGGGGCACUGCGCGAUGCUGGUGCGCACACACAAUGAGCUGGUGGAGCAGCGCAACCGCCUCCUCCUGGCCGCCGGCUACAGCGGGCGGCCAGGGUCGGCCACCGGCGGCGCGGAGGCGGCCGCGCAUGCGCACAUCGGCGGCGCCGGCAGCAACAACGGCGCAUUGGACGGCUGCAGCGUUAUGCCGGAGACUCCCGAGCACGAGGCUGCGGCCGCAGCUGCCGGCAGCGCCCCCGACCUCCAGCUCAGCGGCGGAUCCCCCAUUACCGAGGUGAAGGGCGGAGAGCACGUCAACAGGAGCCCUGAGACGCCCUCGCACUGAUGGCAGCGAUCUGACGGCUGCCAUCUCCUCAUUCAAUCCUCGCUCUACCCAUCUCCAAGCGCAGCCUGCAGCUUCUGCAUGCCUGUCAUGCGGAGACAGAAGCCAGCUCAUCAUCAUCUGACAAGUACUCAUUGCAUGGUAUCUGUGGUCAGAAUAGAGAGUGAAAGCGGCAUGAGACAGCACAGCUAGGGCCACGAUUGGCUGAAAAAACCAAGUAAGAAGUUCAGAGACAGAGCUUUGAUUGUGCAUGCUAAAGUGCAUUUGAUGGGAGCAUUUAUUUACGCAUCAGGGAAAUUGACUCUCCUAGAGAGACUUGAUCCUGCGCUACUUUAUGCACUGCAAAGUCACCAAGUGAUGUACCUUACAUUGCCCCUCUGUACUGCAUGGCAAUGAGAUCUCCACAGUACUGGAAACCUCUCCAUGAAACACUGUUAGGACCGGCGGCACGCUCUUGGUUCAUUUUGGACUGCUGUGAGUGGCAAUGCUUGGGCACACCCUGCCAAAUGGAGCAGGUUUGCCAAAUG